CUUUAAGCAUGUACACGUGUGCUCACAAGUCGUUUGUGUUUGUGGGCAGUUUAUAGUUAUGUAUCACUUGUAGAUAUUAUACUCUCAAUCAAUCGGCAUAUUAUAUGACAAAUAUUGUAAUUAUAAACAAACGAUGUGUACAAAUAGUUACCCGCAUAGGGACUAUAAUUGGGUCAUCUAGCAGUUAUUGGGAGUAAAUAUAUUAGAAUUCGCGUAAACAAGCUUUAUUUGCUAUCAAUUUGAAGUGCGUAAACAUUUGCUCGUUAUUGGUGACUGAAAAUUUAUUCUGCGCAAUAGUUUAAAAUAAUAAUAUUUGGAAAAGAGAAAAGCGAAAAUUUUGGUAAACAGUGUCGCUUUAAUUUAAUGUGAAAUUGAAAAAGGUAAAAUGGAACACAUAGGCGUUUUACGCAAUCGCCACCACUCAGCAAGAGAACACAAUGGGACAAUAUCCGAAGGCAGAGUUAAAAAAGAACCAGAAUUUAUGCACAGGGAAUCCAUUUUGACGGUUCUUAAAGAGCACUCUUUGCAUAUCCGAGCUAUUUACCAUAUUUUUGUAGCUAUUCUAGUUGUACUUCUCUGCGACACAGUUACAUACGACCUCGUCGAACGUGGAAAAAUUAAUAUCGGCAUUGCAACAGUUGUUUAUGGAUUUGGAGAUAUCCGGCGCGCUAUUAAGAUUUGGCUGUUCGAAUUCUCUUUAGCGCUACUAUUUUACCCAGGACUAAGGAUAUACGCUGCUACGAGGAAACUUAUUAAAAAUAAUCCAGCGGCAUGUCAAAUAUGGUCCCUAAUUGGUUUGGGGUGUCUAAUCGCUUUGGAGACAACUUUAAUUGGCGUGACGUGUUGGGAUUUAGGAAGGAAAUAUCUGGCUGUAGGGUCAUCUGUCGCAGUUUCUUGCGAGAUGUUCAGAUUUGUGAUGAAGAUUUCUUCUAUAGCAACAGCCUGUAUCCCUCGUUGCCAUGAUGAUCCAACACCAUUGCCUACAUUCAAGCACUAUGUAUAUUAUAUAUUUGCACCAACACUUCUAUACAGAGAUUCGUAUCCCAGGACAAAGCGGAUUAGAUGGGAUGUGGUAUUAUUUCACUUCGCUGAGGUCGCUGCCAUAAUAUUUUACAACAGCUUUCUAUGGGAGCGUUUUAUUUUGCCUUACUGGUCUGAUUAUGGUAAAUCCCCAAAAGUUGAAGCUGGAACUGUUGUCCGUGGAAUGUUCGCUUGUGUUCUCCCUGGAUUAAUAUCGUUCCUCUGUGGCUUUUAUUGCCUUUUACACGCUUGGCUCAAUGCUUUCGCCGAGAUGCUGACGUUUGGAGACCGUCUCUUUUAUGAGGAUUGGUGGACAAAAUCAAGAUUUUCCAAUUAUUAUCGCGCCUGGAACCGUGUAGUGCACUGUUGGCUUCGUGAUUAUAUUUACUUCCCUUUGGCUCCGCGUGCUGGACGAAUCUUUGCAUAUUUUGCCGUGUUUUUCGUAUCUUCCGUGGUGCAUGAAAUCGUACUGGCACUGUCAUUCGGUUUCUUUUAUCCGGUUCUUUUUAUACAAUUUGGUGUGAUGGGGCUAUUAUUGCUACCGCUGACCUCAUCAGCCGGUCGGCGCUUCCCUAACAUGUUCAAUUUCCUUAUGUGGUUGUCAUUUUUAAUAGGAACAGGUAUACUCUGGAGUCUCUACUCAAUGGAAUACUUUGCCCGAAAGAAUUGUCCAGUUACAGAAAACGACAGCUUCUUUAUUCCCAAGUCUUGGUCAUGCCCCGAAAUUGUGCUCAAACCUAAUUGGACCUUUGAAAAUCCAUUUGACAUCAACUAUUAAUUCAGUUAAUGUCUAGAACAUGUAGGUAGGUACUAAUAAAAUAGCUAGAUUGAAUUUAUUAGCUAGAAUUAAGUUUUUUGUAUGACAAUAACAUUAUAACUGUAAUUUUCAUAAAAUUUAUUCAUAAAAAUGACAUAUAGAAAAGAUGUGUACUAAACUAAAUAAUUUCUAAACAUAGGUACGAAACAAUUUUGGAUACAUGUUUACAUUUAACUUAUAUCUAAGAUAAUAUUUGGCCUUAACAGUACGUUUUUUUCUGUGCUAUAAAAUAUAGUGUAUACAGAGUACAAGCUAAAGAAAUCUGUAGAAAUCUCAAAUAUUAUUCAACAUUUAAUAAAAACAAUAUGUAUGUUAUAUUUUAGGAAUGCAUGUCACUAUUUUAAUAUAAAUCAUUUCGAUUAAAUUCAAUUAUUUUUUUUCUAUGCUGUAAUUUGUAAAUGCAAAUAGUUAAGUGUCAACUUAAAAUUUGUCUACUUAUCUUAUUUAUUAUUUAUGAAACACAUUUAGAUCAUAUAUUAAAUAUUGUAUGUAAUUAAUAUUGUUUGUCUAUGAUUCUACAAAAUUAAAUCAUUGCAGUGAUGUUAUCAUUACAAUAAUAUUAUAAUACGACAGAAAAUCAGUCACAAUAUGUGUUAAUGUUGAAUAAUAAAAUCUCAUGAAUAAUCAAACAUUUUCACUUGCAAUAAUGUAACUCACAGCCCUUACUGACUAAUUAAAUUCUAAAGAAAUAUAAUCUAUAACUUAUUGUAUGGACGAAAAUUCAAUAAAGAAUAAAAAUGUAUGUUAAUAUAAAAAGAGUACAAAAUGUGCAACUACAACAAAUUCGUGACAUUCAAAAUUCAAAAUAUAAAUGGGGGUCAAAAUUGUAGUAGUAGUCUUUAAACGGCGGGUGUACGGUCCAAUUCCUUGAAGAGAGAACUUGACAUCCUGAAAAAAAAGAAAUUUUAUGAAAACUAUUUUAUUAUUUUUAAUUAUUUUAAGACAAAACAAAAAAUCUCAAUAGAGUCUAGCUCAAGCACUGGAACAAGGCUAAAGGAGGAAGCAAGGAGACAUAUUAAAUUUCUUCUUUACAUAAUAAAAUAGUAAAGUAUCCCAAA